GCUAACGUUUGGUUAAAACCUUCUUGUUCAAUAAGCAGGUUUUUUUUCUUUGAAGCCAAGGAUUUUGGGAGCAUUCAGGCCUCCAUCAGCAAUGGACAGCGCUCCUGAUUAGACAACCUCAGACAUGCUGGAGAUAUGUCAAGCACCUGGGAAAAAUCUGGCAGGACAAAUGGACCUGGCACUCCACAAUAUUUGCAGUUCUUUUUUCCAAGCUCCCUCCCUUUACACUGCUUUUGCAGCUCUGGCUGAAAUAACUUCCCCAGAUUUAAGCCUCUUUUUGAAGAAUGCAUGGAGGAAACUUUUCAGGAGUAUUAUUCUGUCCAGUUCUUUUUGUUUUUCCCCUUCCUGGGUACCAAUAGUGUGGAAUUAUUGACAGAUAGCCAGGGUCUGUGGGGUGGAGUUGGGAGAGAGAACAGAAUUUCCUGCAAAAUUCAAUAACAGAAAGCUUGGGGCCCUGAAAUCCCUUGCUAAAUCUCCUCCUCCUCCUCUUCCUUUUACUCCUUUCGUCUUUUUGGUGAUUAAAAUAAUGCCUUACAAUCACCCUAGGAACAACCUCAGUGAAAUUCCAGAGGCGAGGUGGGAUUCUGGCCUAAAGGAAAUGAAUGAAACCUGGAAAGGAGUGAUUGCCUGUUUUGGGGUAGUGGUCUUCCUUCUGAUGACCAUUGGGAUUAUUUAUUGGCAAGUAGUGGAUCAGCCAAACACAAACUGGAUCCUGAGAAGUAGUACCAGUGGUCUGACCUGGGAUCGAAAAGAUCACAGUCUCAUCCUUCAGACUUUGAAAGAAGAAAGAACCUUGCUAAAGAUUCACAUGGGAAGCUUCCCAGAUGUGGAGAUACCUUUCAUAAAGAACAUGUGUUGGCAGAAUCGGUCUGAAUUCUGUUACAUCUGGGAAGCUAUAGUUGAACUGAAGGUCUUCCUGGACUCCGACUCUUCUCCCAACAACGAGUGUUACAACAUCAACUGGACUCCCCUUCACUGCCAGGUGAAAGUAAAGGAUUGCUUUUCCAUGAUAAAUGUCUCCUGGUAUGGGGGAGCCAGUGUCAGUAGACAGCACUGGCCUCUGAAUAGUAUGAACAUCAAAUCCCAACCGUUCACUAUCAGUAACCUUAGUAAAAGCCCAAAUGCUUUUGGCUCUGUCUUAGAAAGAUAUUUUUUGGGAUCCACUGGAGUGACCAUGAUGAUGGUUUCAGAUACACCAAUCUCUCUCUCAGUGGAGAGAAACAAACAUUUUUGCCUUGAAAAUACCCCUGGCACAGACAUGGCUUCCCUGCAGUACACUGUGUGCGUGAGUCAAAAUAUCACAUCUGCUCAUCAGGAACUGGGAAGUCGACUUCUGAGACAACAACCAAGGUUGCCAGAUACAGACAUACUUAGGUUACCAGUCUGGAGGUAUUAUGGUAUGGCUGAUUCUUUUGCUCAAAUGGAGCGAGGACUGAGAUCUUUCUACAAUAAGCUUCAAACACAUAAUCUUGGGGAGGGCAUAAUUGCUCUCAGUGAAGAGUCUACAAUGGUACUUCGAAAUUUGGAUCACGUCUAUUUACCUCUGCUCAGAAGAAAAAGGCUGCAUGCACCAAGAUUUAUCAUGAACUACUUCCGUAUGAAACCACUAAAACUUUCCAUCACUCUGUCCCCUUAUACAAGCAUCAACUCACCAAUUUUCCAAAGGUCCCUGCAAGAAGGGAAAGAAGAAUUUUGGUUGAGCCACCAUUCUGAAUCCAGUGACUAUUCGGUGCCACUCCUCACCAAAUGGAAAGGGCAGUUUUCAGCCUGUCUGAAUGUAACCAGUCAGGCUGCAGUGCUCUGGUACCUGGGCCAGGUGAAGCUCCUGAAACAACAACUGGGAGCAAAGUAUGUGGUUUUUGAAGGUAGUGAAGGCAACAUAUUUAUGGAACAAGCGAUCCCACCUCCUGCGGAACUCCGAGGGGAUCAGUAUAUUCGUAUUUUGGGCUCAAUAGCAACGAUGUUAGGCAAUUCAUCAAUAAUUACUGGUGCUACAAGAUCCAGCCACCUGCCACUCUUUUUCCAAAUGAAUCCACGACAAUCUGACUGGAGCUACGCUGGUUUGAAAGGAAUUAUUCCAUCUGUGCUUCAUUAUAGUCUUCUUGGUUAUAACUUUUUCAUUCCAGAGGCAAUAGGUGGAACACUUUCAGGUGAAUUUCUGACUGAUGAAGAGCUAUAUAUUAGAUGGCUUCAAAUUGUCACUUUCCUUCCAGUCAUGUCUUUUGGGAUUCCACCAUGGGUCUGUUGUGGUGAUUGGGUGUUGAACCUCACCAGGUACUAUAUUCAGAGACACCAGAACUUUGUGGUUCCACUCAUUGAGAAAUACAGCAAGGAAUGGCUAUUGAGGGGGGAUCCAAUUUUUCGGCCCACCUGGUGGCUCAGCCCCACUGAGCCAGCUGCCUUUACCAUUGAUGACCAGUUUCUCAUAGGCGAGGAGGUUAUUGUUGCUCCAGUAACAGAACAAGGACAAUUCCAGAGGGACAUCUAUCUACCUAGAGAAGGUCAGAAAUGGAUGGAUACCAACACUGCUCAGGUGUUUCAUGGAGGAAGCUUCCUCAGGAAUUAUUCAGUGCCUCUUAUGAAUGUGCCUGUUUUUAUUAAGAUUUCCUAGACUCUAGUCCCAAAGGUAAUUUUUCAUGAGGCAACUGGACUUUCUUUUUUCUCUUUGAAGACCUUUUGCUUCUCAUCCAAGAAGCUUCUUCAGCUCUGACCCGAUGGUAGGGAAUGGAAGGAUUUACACCCCUUGCAGACAGCUGGUCAUUUGAAUUCUUUUAUAGAAUCAUUGAGGCCACCUGGAGGUUCAUCUGUGCCAUCAGGGUCACCUCAGUAGUGCAAAUGGGUGUGGAGCCUUCUUGGAACUGCUGAGAGGAUUGUGUUGUAGACUGCCGAAAGGACUGUGUUGUAUCCCUUCUCCUCUGUUGAGAGAGGGCUGUUCAGUUUUGACAUAGAUAGCCUCUGUGAUCUCUCUUUCAAACCAGUGGUCCUCUUUGUCCAAAACGCGGCACCUUCUUUCUAGCUCCAACGCGUGACUUCCUCCACCACUGUGUGGGACUAAAAAUAAAGUUCAAUCAAUCAA